AAAUUGAGAUGCCGGGAUCGCGGGGAAGACUGGGGCCUCUCGACGGGGCCCCCCCCCGGAACGUCGGGCCCGUGGCCGCCACCGCGGGGCUGUCGCUCACGGUGCCCCUGGCCGCGGCGGCGGACGCCCUCGCCGGCAGGGGGCCGCCGGGCCCCGCGGGCCUCGCGGCCGCGGCGCUGGUGCUCGGCGGGUACGCGCUGCUCACCGCGGGCUGA